GUAUGGAAAUGAGGUUGUUUUCAUUGAUGACGUGAUUAAACUUGGUGAAACUCAGGAUGAUGCAAUUGCAAAUGAAAUCAGGGUAGACAACCUUGUCACGUCACGUGUUCCACGCCACGCAAUAGAUCAAGCCCACGUGUCCACCUUGCUAAGGGCAAAACCUUAA